AUUACGUAUAUGUGAAUAAAAUGCCUCAUGUGCGUCAGAAAGUGAAGUAUCCUAAAUCGGUGUUCUUCAUUAUCAGCAAUGAAUUCUGCGAGAGAUUUUCUUAUUAUGGAAUGCGCACCGUUCUGUCACUGUAUUUAUAUAACAUGUUGAAAUACAGUGAAAGCACAUCUACAAUAAUCUAUCAUAUCUUCAGCGCUUUCGUCUAUUUUUUUCCACUGCUCGGUGCGAUCAUAUCUGAUUCAUGGCUUGGAAAGUUCAAUACUAUUCUUUAUUUGAGUAUUGUAUAUUCACUUGGACAAGUGAUUCUAUCUUUGAGUGCGGCAACUCCCAUCGGAUUACCCGCACAAGAAUUUUCUAUAUUAGGUUUAUUCCUAAUAGCGCUUGGUACAGGCGGGAUAAAACCAUGUGUUUCGGCUUUCGGAGGCGAUCAGUUUGUAUUGCCUCAACAAGAAAAGCAGUUGGCAAUGUUCUUUUCUUUUUUCUACUUCGCCAUUAACACAGGCUCUCUAAUCUCAACUUUACUAACUCCGGUGAUUCGUGAAACGAAGUGCUUUGGCGCCGAUUGUUUCUUCGUAGCAUUUUUGGUACCAGCAGUUCUGAUGAUUACAUCAAUUUUUGUAUUCGUCUUGGGGAAAAGAAUGUACAAAAUAGUCAAUCCUACGGGCAAUCUCAUCGUUAAAGUUACCAAAUGCGUUUGCCAUGCAAUCGGCAAUAAAAUUAAAGACAAAGGAGAAAAACGCGAUCACUGGCUCGAUCAUGCCGAUGAUGUUUAUGACAACAAACUGAUCGAAGACAUUAAAAUCGCACUAGGGGUCUUGAAAUUGUACAUACCACUGCCAAUAUUCUGGGCGCUUUACGAUCAGCAAGGCUCUCAAUGGACUUUCCAAGCAACACGAAUGGAUGGUCAAAUAGGCAGUUUUGUACUAUUGCCUGAUCAGUUACAAGCCGUCAAUCCGUUGUUGAUCAUCAUUUUUAUACCAAUCUUCGAAACUUGUAUUUAUCCAAUUUUUACCAAAAUACAUUUCAUUGAUACACCCUUGAAGAAGCUCGUUACCGGCGGUCUCUUAGCCAGCGUUGCUUUUGUCGCAGCCGGUAUUGUCGAAAUAAAUAUCGAGAAAACAUAUCCGAAGUUACCGACAAACGGAUUCGCUCAAAUCCGAAUCUUUAAUACAAUGGAUUGUGGAGUGAGUGUAAAUUUGGAUCAAAAUCCAAUUAGUAUAAGCUCACUAAACAUGUCAGAAGUUUUAGAAUUAAAAGCAAACGGAUCUGUUAAAAUACCUUACACAGCAGAUUUCACAGAGUGCUAUGAAAAGGGUUACACUAAAUUGAAAAAUUACCAAGGAGAAACGACUGCCAAGGAGGCCGUUGCAACAUCUUGGGUUAUAACACCCUCGGGAUUACAAGAUAACUAUGAAGACAUGGUGAGCAAACCGGAGAAUGGUAAGCCAAUGAUCCGCAGUCUCAUCUAUCUUGAGUCUGGAUUAAGUAACACUACAUUGAAGUUGCUCAGUAAGGACAAGACGGAAGUAGUAUCAAUUCCAGUAUCGAUCAGUAGUUUAAAUUCCAUACACUCGAAGUUAGUAGAAAUUCAGGAUCCAAGCGAAUAUGACGUCUACUUAAACGGAACACUGCUGGACGAGAAUGUGCCUUUCAAAUCCGGUGGAGUGUACGCCGUGAUAGGUUCCAACCUUAUGUAUAAUAAUCAACCGAAGAUCAGCGGCAAAACAGUCAUAGUCACGCCACCCAAUUCGCUGCACAUGGCUUGGAUGUUGCCGCAAUAUAUCAUCCUCACAAUGGGCGAGGUGAUGUUCGCUGUAACGGGUCUGCAGUUUGCUUUUACUCAAGCUCCAGUAUCCAUGAAGUCUCUAUUACAAGCCGGUUGGUUACUGACCGUGGCAUUCGGCAAUAUCAUUGUAGUUAUCAUAAAGGGCGCACAUCCCUUUGAGAGGCUAGUGUACGAGAUUUUUCUAUAUGCCGGUUUGAUGGCAGUAGUCAUGAUAAUAUUCGGUGUGAUGACUAUAUUCUACAAAUAUGUGGAUAUAUCAGAGGAAGAAGAUAAUGCAAUACCCUUGAAUGAAAAGAGUGGGAAUGUCAAUUUGGCCUACAAAGAGGAUGAAAAACGAUGAGCGAUGACUAAGUGAGAAAUUAUAAUUUUCAUGUUCCCUUAUUUGAAGAAUAAGAAUACUUGCCACAGAUAUAAAGGAUUUCUCUCACAUCGAGGAUCCGUUUAUUUCUAUUGAACAUCUGUUAUUCUCGAGAGUGGAUAUGACAAGAGAUAUAGGAUUUUUUUUCUUAAUACACAAUCUCACUCUCAGUCUUUCUUUUUUCGUAAAAAUAAUUG